AUGGUUGAAGCAGGAUGGUAUUUCUGCCCUAACGAAGAGAGUGAUGAUUUGGUCAGCUGUCCGUACUGCAAGCUCUCUUUGGAUGGAUGGGAGCCAAAAGACCACCCCUUUGAUGAACAUUAUCGUCGCUCUUCCGACUGCUCGUUCUUCGAAUUCUCAAAGCAUCCUAAGAAGUCUAGCAAAUCGACGCGUGCCAAGGCAGUGCGUGGUUCAAAGGCUUCGCGACUCUCUACACAAUCAAAUGCUACAGCUGUUUCCGAAGCACCGUCUGUCGACUUCGACGAUACCAUGGAGCAAAGUAUUAUAUCCCAAGGCGGAAGCCGUGCUUCCAAGGCUCCAAAGAAAACAACCAAAUCAAAGUCUAGAACUGCAAAGACGAAGAAAGAAGAGGACGCAGAUGUUCACAAUGAGAGGGCGAUCACUGAACAGCAUGAUAAAGAAACAUCAUCUUUACUUGAAAGCCCUUCACGUGGCACAAAAAGGAAGAGCGCGGCAAUCAGUGGAAUGGAAGGGAAUAACCUAGACAAUAACCAACCAGAGCCAGAGCCAAAGCCAAAGAAGAAACGUGUCACAUCAACACGGACAAAGAAGGCCAGGAGUACAGCAAAUUCUGUGGUUGAUUAUGCUGAACCUACAGAUGACGAAUUAGUUCUGGAGGCCGCUUCAAAGCCAAAGCGAGGCCGUAAGAAAGGGAGCACCAACAAGAUAAGAAAAUCAUCUAUUGCAUCCAAUACUCCAGCUACCUCAUCAAAUUCUCAGAUACCCAAUGAUGAUGAGAUCGAUGCGCAGUUGGAAGCUGACCUUGACAAAGAUCUCCCCGUGGAGGAUAUGGCUAGCAGCACAGCUGAAAAGGCCCAUAGCCAACGGCGCAAGAAAUCUAGCAUGAAAGAUGAACAUUUGGAUGAGCCGCCAAAGAAAGCUUCAACAAAAUCUACAAGGAAGAAGCAAACAUCUACUGCUUCCGUGGCCAAGCUAGAACAGCCUCCACAGCUGCAUUCGGAAGUGGACGUGGAUACGGACGAGCCGGUCAUCUCAAUACCAACUCAGUCCCAAGAAGAUACUUCGCCCCCUAAAAGAGUCAAACAAACAAAGGCGAAAACUACAACGAACACUGCCAAAUCUCGAAAGAAGAGGACAGACAGUAGUAACGUCAAUGACAUCAAUCUACCUGAGGCUACUGAACCAAGUGAGGAUGUGGAAUCGAACAAAGACGAGCCAACAAAGCCUCGAUUGUCUAAGGGCAGGAGUAGUAAGAAAGAUAGUGAGGUAGAUGCCGCCAAAACGACAAGGAGCAGAGGCCCCAGCAGCCAACGUCCAGUGACAGAGUCGUUGCCUCGAAAAGAGGCUGGCUCAGCAAAAGAGGAACCUGACAGUCAGCCUAUUGGUCGUCGGUCCUCUGAACAAGUACAGCAGGCCCAAGAAACUCCCUCUAGAAUGAGGCCAUCUGCACAACAAACCCCCCGUGAAAAUGGCCCAUCAUCGUCUCCUCAAGCUUCUGAUGCAGAAAACCGACCACCUUCAAGUAAGCCAUCGACAAUGUCCAAAACACAGCCCCAUGCGGUUUCACAAUCUAUCGAGGAACCUUUGGUCACGAAGACACCUGUUCUAUCUCCUCCAAAGGGAGAAUCGAGCUCGAGACAACUGACCACAGCUGAUCCUUGGGAACCCAUUGAUCCAGAUGAAGCCCUCCUCCCUGACCCAACAGAAAAGGAGGGCGUGUCUCUAGCAGAGGUUUUGCACGCCGCAAAGGAUGGGAUUACCAGUCCUGAGAAGCGAAUGAGUAUCGAAGAGUGGAUAUUCUGGAACGCAGAAAAAGGCGAAGAGAAAUUGCGCAACGAAUGCGAGAGAGUCGUUGGUAUUUUUGAAAGGGAAGGCGGACGUGCAAUGCAGGCACUGAACGGAAUCGAGUGCAUAGAUUAA